CCGGAGCCGGAGCCGGAGCCGGAGCUGGAGCCGGCGCCGGCGCCGGAGCCGGAGCCGGAGCUGGAGCCGGCGCCGGAGCCGGCGGGCGCGGGGCUGGGGGAGGCGGGCGCGGAGCAGCGGGACCCGCGGGUGCGCUGCUGCUCGCGGCGCGGGCUGGGCGCGGUGCUGGAGCUGUGCGCGCCCUUCGUGCGGGCCCUGGCGCAGGGACAGCCCGGCGGGGCCGCCGCCGAGGCAGACGCGCUCUGGAACUUCGAGGCAGCGGUGCGGGAGAACGUCACCAUUAACGGGCAGCACUGGGAGGAGGCCUCGGAUGACUCCCGGCUGCAGAGCGAUUCUAAUAUUCAAAUCCUGGAGGAUCAAUUUGAUGAAUUAAUAGUCGAGACAGCAAUUAGGCGUAAACAGUGGCCUAAAAAGAUCCUGGUGCAUGCUGUCGAAACCAUGAAAGCAGAGCAAGAGAUGCUGAAGCUCUACCAGCCUGUGGUAAAACCAGCAGACAUAAGACCUCAGCCUUCUCAAGAUGCUUACAUCGCAGAUCUGAAGCAGGCGACAGAGGUGGCAUCCAAACAGAUCAGCGAAGCAAUGCAGUCUAUUCCAGCACUCAUAGAAAAAGCAGAAGGUUUUUCCCAAGCAUUGACUUUGCAACCAACCUUGGAACUCUGCAAGCUGCGGCAAGAAGUCUUUUCUGGUUUCAAGGAGAAGGAGGAAAACAAUGCCCAAAAUUCAGUGCCACCAGGAGAAGUCACACCAACAGGAACUGUUUGCAGUAAAAAUCCUUAUGUUUUGCUGAAAAGAAGAAAAGCUGCAGAUUCCCCCGAGAGAAAGCGCUACCCACUGCGGCGGAGGAAGAUCACUCUGAGUGCAUGAAUUUCUCAUUUUGUGUUUUCACAUUGGAAUCUCAGUUGUACUUUUGUUCCAUGUGUUCCAUCUUUUUUCUUAGAACUCAUCUCCCCUCAGUGGGAGCUUCUUUAUAUUAUAUAAAUAUAUAAUAUUUAAUAUAUAUAUAUAUAUAAUAUACAUGGGAGCUUCUUUAAUUAGUGUUUGAUUUCUUAAAUUUUUCUACUUUUGGUGGCAUGCGGAUGGUGUAUGGUACAUGUACCAGUAGCAUCCAAUAUCCAGCAAGUGUAUUUGCCAUUUAACUCAUUUUUUGCUCUUAUAUUGCAGUUUUUAGCUUGAGUCCUUGUGCUUCUCAGAGUUUGUGUGCAUGCUUUAUGUAUGUGGGCAGUCUUUUAGGAAACCACUAACUGCUCAUUUACAUUAAGCAUGUCUCUAAAGAGUUGGAGAAUGUCUAAUUCUCCUAAUGCACCUUCAUUGAUUACUGAGGCAUGUGGCUUUUAUAUUAAGGAAUUAAUUGACACUGCAGCAUAUUGAAAUGACCAGAUUUGGUGCGAUGUUGGAGUUUUAAGGAAGUCCAUGCACACAUGUGACAUUAGUCCUUGCUAUUCUACCUUUCCUGAAUGUAGGUCAUUUAGGCUUAUUUAUAGUCAUGUUUGUUGAAACUUGGAUUUUUAAUAAUUGUAUGUAUUUACUUGCAGCGUGCUCUUCUGAACACGAAUUCAACCAUCAACAUCUUAGGGUCUGAUAUAUCAUUUCAUGUAAUCCAAUUAUGCACCUGGGGAUUUCCUGAGCAAUAUUUCUACCCAAGAAAGGAUCUUGACUUGGGUUAUGUUUGCAUCUGUGUUGUUUGACUAAAAUUUAAAGAUCAAUAGAGGCUACCAGUUAAUGGUAUUCACUUGAGCUAGCUUAAUUUUGUUUUCUUUACUCAUUAGUGCCUAGGAGGUUGCAAAUUAGUACUAAAUUGAGCAUUGUGCCUUGAACAUUUAUAACUUUUUCUAGUUUAUGGUUGCAUGUGCCUGCAGUAAAUACUCCUGACUAGUAUGUAACAUAUUUGUUACACAGUAAAUGGAGGGGGGUUUUAGAAGCUUUGUUAAUGACAUGUUUGGUGCUAAGAAGACAGGUCCAACCUAAUGUCUAAGAGACUGAGAGUUCUCAAGAAAACAGAUUUUAGCAUCAUUUAUUUUGUAAAAGUGAGCAUCUGUACUGAUACUUUGUAUAUGUAAUCAUAUGUAAAUAUUUUUCCUGACCUUGUAUAUACAAAUGUGUGUUUUUAUAUGAACUAAAUUAAAUCAAUUAAGGAAGAUCAGAGCUUCAGAUAACAUUGUCAGUUCUAAUCCUGGAAUGGAUGGUGGCUGAGCAGUGAGCCUACUUCAGAGGACAUCUGUGUUAAAUUCUGGCUUGAGUAAC